CCUCCUGGACGGGGUUCCCUUUGCGACGGGCCAGGGGCUUGCGGAGCGGACGAGACUUGCAAGGACACACAUUUUGAUCACUACCGAGGAGACCAAGGAUGGCUGACAAGAAGGACACGCAAGUGAUCUCCUUCCUGAAGGACUUUAUUGCCGGGGGCGUGGCGGCGGCCAUCUCCAAGACCAGCGUGGCGCCCAUCGAACGAGUCAAGCUGCUGCUACAGGUGCAGCAUGUCUCCAAACAGCUCACCCCGGACAAACAGUACAAGGGCAUGAUCGACUGCUUCGUCCGGAUCCCCAAGGAACAGGGCUUCCUCAGUUUCUGGCGUGGCAAUCUCGCCAACGUCAUCAGGUACUUCCCCACCCAGGCGUUGAACUUUGCCUUCAAGGACAAGUACAAGCAGAUCUUCCUCGGUGGCGUUGACAAGAAGACCCAGUUCUGGCGCUACUUCGCCGGCAACCUGGCCUCCGGAGGCGCAGCCGGAGCCACAUCCCUGUGCUUCGUCUACCCGCUGGACUUUGCCCGAACCAGGCUGGCUGCCGACACGGGCAAGGGUGCGGGACAGCGCGAGUUCACUGGCCUCGGCAACUGCCUGACGAAGAUCUUCAAGACGGACGGCCUCGUGGGAUUGUACCGAGGCUUCGGCGUCUCCGUCCAGGGCAUCAUCAUCUACCGGGCAGCCUACUUCGGCUUCUUCGACACGGCCAAGGGAAUGCUUCCGGACCCCAAGAACACGCCCAUUGUCAUCUCGUGGAUGAUCGCUCAGACGGUGACCACCGUGGCGGGCAUCAUCUCCUACCCGUUCGACACCGUCCGGAGGCGGAUGAUGAUGCAGAGCGGCCGCGCCAUCGAGGAGCGCCAGUACAAGAACACCAUCCACUGCUGGGGAAAGAUCUACAAGACCGAAGGCGGCGCCGCUUUCUUCAAGGGGGCAUUCUCAAACGUCCUCCGCGGUACCGGAGGCGCGCUCGUGCUCGUCCUCUACGACGAGAUCAAGUCGUUCAUUUUCUAGGAUG